UAGAGUUUCUUAUCGCAUCGCAUAGGAACACCAACAAGAACAGAUCCGGCCGCCUUAUCUCUCACCGCCGCCAUGGCGACGAAGGCGUCGGCCGUCCUGCGGGCUGCCCGUAAAGCAUCACUCGCAUCUCGCGCCGCUGCUGCAGCCGCAUCUCGCGCCGCUGCGGUGGCAUCCCGCUCAGCGCGUGUGGCCCGCGUAGCCGCAGACAUCGCUUGCGCCGCCCGCUUAAGCUCGGACCUCAUACGCCACCCCAAGAGCUGCUCAGAUCCCCGCUUCCCUACCAGCGCUGAUUACGAGGACUUACCAGAGGAUGCUACGAUUCCAACGGACAAGGACCUUGAAUCGGAUGAUGCUGUUUGGGCCUUAUAUGAGCGCUGGUGCGAGGCUGUGGGCAAGAACCGUAACUAUGGCGAGAUGAUUCGCCGGUUCAAAAUAUUCAGAUAUAACGCGGAGGUCGCGCAAAAAUGGAACACUGGUGUUCCUUCAGAUCCAAAGAAAGCAGCCAUUUGCCGGCGUAAAAGGAGGUCAAAUUACUUCUUUCAAAAGGCAAAGAUGUCUCACACUAUGAAGACUGGCAUCGGCCAGCGAUGUUAGGUCCACUUGCAGAUGGGGGAGAUCCUUUCUUUCGUGAAUGUGAUUAUAACUUGUUGAAGUAUCUCGAGAAGAGGGAUGUGUGCCUUGCCGCAUUUUUUGCUUUUUAAUCCUUUUU